UGGAGAUGGAAGUGGAGAGCUGACAGCGUCGUUGUCGCCGAAUCACUUCCGUCGGUCAAAGGUGCAAAAAAAAAAAAUGGCUGCCGUGUUAUGCUCGUAGCAUCUCUGCCUCAAUGUUAACAAACGCCGAAGGUUACGUACCCUCAAGCUUUGACUAACGGCACGUUUAGCGACCGAGAGCGUUCACCAGCUGCAUCGUUACGACGCCGAGAUGUUGCAGAUAAUUGGCGGGAGGGGCGUCCAGGCGGCGCGGCUCCUCGCGCCCAGGAGCGCCGUGCUCGUGGAGGCUGUCCGGGGUCGAAAGUCCCGCACGGACCCGGUGGCCAAGUCCAAAGAGGGUCGCAUCAAAACGCCUCCCCCCGUUGACCCGGUGGAGAUGGUGGUCCUGAAGGAGAGAUACACGCAGUACCAACUGAUCAUGAGGGCGCUUCGUCUAGAGUUUAAGGAGGAGGUGUUGCGAAAGAAGUAUGAAGAGGAGACGGGAUCCCAGGCCGAGGAGAGGGCGAGGAAGGAGGCAGAAGAGCAUCGUGCCUUGAUGGCCUGGAACGACGAGGAAAACCGCCGCAUCCUCAAAGCCAGACUCUUACGAAUCCACAAAGAGGACGAGGAAGCGGCGCACAGGAAGAUGGAGGCUGCCAUUCAGCGCGAGCAAGAGCAGCAAGAGUUAAUCCGGGAAAAAGAGAAGGAGAUUUUGCAGCUGCAGGAGGACGCAAAGACCUUCAUCACCCCGGAGAACUUGGAUCAACGGAUCGAGGAGGCUCUGGACAAUCCGAAAAAUUACAACUUUGCCAUUGACAAAGAAGGCAGGGUUGUCAAACAGACGGUGCUGAAGUGAGCUGGCCCACUGAACCCAUGAUCCUGCGCUGGUCGGGACUUCAACAUCAAUCCGGCGGCCUCUGACGAGAGAAGGAAGAUUUUUCAGACCGGAAAUGCUGAAAGCAGUGAACGCCCUGGUGAAACUGGCCUCGCUUGGACCCGAACGUGAAUCUGAAACCUUCCGUUUUCCACGUUUCAGCUUCCCGCGUUUUAUUGUUUAGCAUCGUUUCUCUGUCACCGAACAUGACUGGUUUUAUUUACGGUGUAUAAAGUCACUCAAUGUGAACAGUUCUGAGUUUUUCUGAUUCUUUUUGCACAUCACAGGCAAACUAGUGAAUAAUCUCUGUAGUCAAACACCUGCCUUGUUUCCAGAUCUGUCCUCCACAGAAGGGAGAUUCCGGGCCUGUCUAGAAGAUGAACUCCAUGGAAAAGAUUAUCUUUCAAAAGUGAUGGAGCACAGUGUUAAACAGGCUUCCGUCAUUGAGCCUUGUAAACAGCCAAUCAAUUCUGUGGUUCCGCUAGUCUCCUCUAUCACUAUAGAUUAAAACAUAUCAAUUGUGAUUUGG